CCAAGGUCUGCCGCUGGCGGAGGGACGUCAAAAUCGAAUGGAUCUGCCUCCUCGCCAGCCAUUGGCCUCAACCACCGACAAUAAUACUACAGAUAAUCGCCAUCAAAAGAUGCGUGCGGCAUCGCGAAAGGGUGCGAGCUGGAGAAAGGAGGAAGCAGGAGUAUUCAGUCCCGACGGUGGCAUUGUGGAUGUGCCAAAGAUGGACGAGGGAGAGUCCCCGGCGCUUCUGCUUCCCCUGGCAGACGACUUUCAUGUGCACCUUCGACAAGAUGCCAUGAUGAAGGCCGUCACGCCCGCCGUCAUCCACGGCGGCUCGGUGAGCAUGGCCUCGCCGGCAUGCUCACCUUUCAUCAGUCCUGGUGUGUCAUCUAUUUCAGGACAGAGUUGUGGUGAUGCCAAACACGAUACCGCCCAUCCGCACGUGCGCAGAGGCAGCUGACUAUCGGGCAAAGCUGCAGGCGAUUGACCCACGAGUGGACUACCGAAUGACUCUCUAUCUCGGUGAGCUCUGCACACGCGCACACGAAUGGACGAAUCAAACGCCAUCAAUUCUGCCCGUGUUGCGUGUUUCUCCAGGUCAAGAAGUGUCAGCGGAUGAUCUCCGUGCCAACGCGGAUGAGAGCGGCGUUCGUGGCGUCAAGAGCUAUCCCCGCGGCGUGACGACCAACAGCGAGGCCGGCAUCGAGUCCUACACCACCUACUACCCCCUGUUCAGCGAGAUGGAGAAGAUGGGACUCACACUGCACAUCCACGGGGAGGUGGGCAGACGCCCAGAUGCUCACGCGGAUGUCCAAUGAGGAGAUAGGUGUGUCCGUUGUGCUGCAGGUGCCUGGUGUGUCGGUUUUAACCGCCGAGGCGAGCUUCCUCCCUCAGCUCGAGGAGCUGCAUCGGGCAUUCCCCAGCUUGAAGAUCGUAAGCGCGAUACGCACUGUGGAGAGAGAUUGGCGUAGAAGGCAUGUGAAUGCGUGUGUCGCUGCUGCUUGUAGGUGCUUGAGCACGUCUCGACAGCAGCGGCCGUUUUGUUGGUGCGUCGGCUCGGCCCGACUGUAGGUGCCACAGUGACGGCCCACCACCUGGACCUCACCAUCGAUGAGGUGGUGGGGUGCUCCCACAACUUCUGCAAGCCUGUGGCCAAGAUGAGAGAGGACCGGGAGGCCAUCAGACAGGUCGUCAUGGAUGAAGGUGAGACGUGCUCGAAGCUGUCUGCUUACACACACGUAAUCUUUUCUGUCUCUGGAUGCAUGUGUCUGUCUGUCUGUCUGUCUGUGUGUGUCAGGCCAUCCCCGUUUCUUUCUCGGCUCCGACUCGGCCCCCCACCCCCGGCACAAGAAGGAGAUCGGCAUGAAGGCCGCAGCAGGAUGCUUCACUUCCCCUUUCCUCCUCGCAUACCUCGCCGACACCUUUGUCUGGGGGUCGAGCAGAUACACAGACGAUGACACCACCGUCACCAAGCGCCUGCCUGACUUUGUGGGCCGCUUCGGCGCGGAGUUCUUUGGGGUACCUGUCAAGAGAUAUGAGGAGGGGAAGCCAGCGGUCGAGCUGAGGAAGAGGGCGUUCACUGUGCCGUCGGUCUGGGGGGAGUCGAUACUGGGCAGCGAAGGGGCGGUGGUGCCCUUCAGGAGUGGGGAUGUGCUGCGGUAUGAGAGCCGUUUGGUUGGGCUGUGAGUGUCUGUCAGUCCACCGGUGUCCGUGGGACGAAGGAUUUGUAUGUCGUGGAGAUCGACAGAUGGAUGCUUGGACAGAUAA